CUUCUGCAAACUGUUAUGGAAAGAAGAAAAUUUAAUGGUCUUCCUAAAUUUUCUCUAAAGAACAGUGACCAUAAAUGGCCUCAGGGAAUCACAGCCGCAUCACAGAGUUCAUUCUCCUCGGGCUGUCUGCUGACCCCCAUGUCCAGGCUCUGCUCUUUGUUCUGUUCCUGAUGAUUUACCUUCUGACUCUGCUGGGGAACCUGCUGAUCAUACUCGUGAUCCAUACAGACUCUAACCUCCAUACACCCAUGUACUUCUUCCUCAGCCACCUCUCCUUCCAAGACCUCUUCUAUUCUUCCGUCACUGUGCCCAAGCUGCUGGAGAACCUCCUGUCUCAGAGAAAAGCCAUCUCAGUAGAGGGCUGCCUGGCUCAGGUAUUCUUUGUGUUUGCCACUACAGGGAUUGAGGCUUGCCUGCUCUCAGUGAUGGCCUAUGACCGCUAUGCCGCCAUCUGCCACCCUCUGCUCUAUGGCCAGAUGAUGAGUAAACAGCUAUGUGAGAGGCUGGUGUGGGGUUCUUGGGUUGUGGCCUUUCUGGAUGCACUCAUGAACAUCCUCCUAGCUUUGAAUAUGGACUUCUGUGAUGUUCAAACCAUCCACCACUACUCCUGUGAGCUGCCUUCCCUCUUCCCUCUCUCCUGCUCUGAUGUCUCCACCAACUCUGCGAUGCUACUCUGCUCUGCGCUCCUGCAUGCCAUUGGGACCUGCCUCCUGGUCUUUUUCUCUUACGUUCGCAUCGUCUCCACCAUCCUGAGCAUCGGCUCCACCUCAGGCAGAAGCAAGGCCUUCUCCACCUGCUCCUCCCACCUCACUGCAGUGAGCCUGUUCUAUGGCUCAGCCAUUUUUCGCUAUCUCAUGCCAACCUCGGGUUCACCUCUGGAGCUGAUCCUCUCCAUACAGUACAGCGUAAUCACGCCCCUGGUGAAUCCGCUCAUCUACACCUGGAAGAACAAGGAGGUGAAAGCAGCUCUGAGGAGAAUGACGAUAAAAUAUUUACAAUGUCUCAGCACAGAAGAGAUAUAA